AUGCCAAAGUACACAGUGCAUGUCCGAGGGGAAUGGCUGGCAGUGCCUUGCCAAAUGGGCACUAACACAGUGAGAUGGCUGGGGAAGGAAGCUGUGAGACGUUACAUGAAAAACAAGCCUGAUAAUGGGGGCUUUGCCUCAGUAGAAGAAGUGAAAUUCUGUGUUCGGAGGUGCAAAGGCCUUGGCUUACUGGAUCAUGAUGAUACUUUGGAGGACACACUAGAGGACAAUGAGUUUGUUGAAGUUGUUAUAGAAGGAGAUGUAAUGUCUCCGGAUUUCAUUGCAUCUAAGCUAGAAGGAGUUUAUUUAUAUAGCAAAUAUCCAGAACCAGAAAAGUAUAUUUAUUUAGAUGGGAACAGCUUAACAACAGAGGACCUGGUCAAUUUAGGAAAGGGGCUCUACAAGAUCAAGCUCACACCUGAAGCUGAAGCUAAAGUCAGACAAUCAAGAGAAGUGAUUGAAAGAAUUGUAAAAGAACAGACUGUUGUUUAUGGAAUCACCACUGGCUUUGGGAAGUUUGCUCGAACUGUUAUUCCAACUAGUAAACUCAAGGAACUUCAAGUGAACUUAAUUCGGUCACAUUCUGCAGGUGUCGGGAAGCCUUUGAUCCCAGAGAGAUCUCGCAUGCUUUUAGCUCUCAGGAUCAAUAUCUUAGCAAAAGGAUACAGUGGGAUUUCACUGGAAACUCUCCAGCAAGUUAUUGAAGCAUUUAAUGCAUCCUGCCUGCCCUAUAUACCUGAGAAAGGGACAGUUGGAGCCAGUGGAGACUUAGCCCCUCUUUCUCAUCUUGCUUUGGGGUUGAUAGGAGAAGGAAAGAUGUGGUCCCCAAAGAGUGGCUGGGCUGAUGCUAAAUAUGUGCUGCAAGCCCAUGGCCUGAAGCCGAUAACCUUGAAACCAAAGGAGGGUCUGGCUCUUAUCAAUGGAACCCAAAUGAUCUCCUCGCUGGGAUGUGAAGCAGUGGAACGAGCCAGCGCUAUUGCUAGGCAAGCGGACAUAGUUUCUGCACUGACACUUGAAGUCCUGAAGGGUACAACUAGAGCCUUUGACACUGAUAUUCAUGCAGUGCGUGCCCAUCGGGGGCAGAUUGAAGUGGCAUUCCGAUUUAGGUCACUUUUAGACUCUGACCAUCAUCCAUCAGAAAUAGCAGAGAGUCACAGAUUUUGUGACAGAGUUCAGGAUGCAUAUACGCUGCGCUGUUGCCCUCAGGUCCACGGCGUGGCGAAUGACACAAUAGCUUUUGUAAAGGACAUAAUCAUGACUGAAAUUAACAGUGCAACGGACAAUCCUAUGGUUUUUGCUGAAAGGGGAGAGACCAUUUCUGGAGGAAAUUUUCAUGGUGAAUACCCUGCAAAGGCUCUGGACUACCUGUCAAUUGGUGUCCAUGAACUUGCUGCAAUUAGUGAAAGAAGGAUUGAGAGACUAUGCAACCCAUCUCUCAGUGAGCUGCCUGCAUUUCUAGUCACCGAAGGCGGUCUGAACUCUGGUUUCAUGAUUGCGCACUGCACAGCAGCGGCCCUGGUUUCUGAGAAUAAAGCCUUGUGCCACCCCUCUUCUGUGGAUUCUCUCUCAACCAGUGCUGCUACAGAGGACCAUGUGUCCAUGGGCGGAUGGGCUGCACGAAAAGCACUGAAAGUUAUUGAACAUGUUGAACAAGUGUUGGCCAUUGAACUUCUUGCAGCCUGCCAGGGCAUUGAGUUCCUACGCCCCCUGAGAACAACCACCCCAUUGGAGAAAGUCUAUGACCUUGUGCGCUCUGUUGUAAGGCCUUGGCUAAAGGAUCGCUUCAUGGCCCCAGACAUUGAGGCAGCUCACAGGCUGCUUGUGGAGCAGAAGGUUUGGGAAGUAGCUGAACCUUACAUUGAAAAAUAUAGACGGGAGCAUAUUCCUGAAUCAAGACCUGUUUCACCCACAGCCUUUUCUCUGGAUUCAUUGAGAAUGAAUAAAUGUGUUGGGACUGAUCACAGUGAUCAGGAAGAACUUUAAUGUGCUAUGAAGUCUGGUACAUAGAAAAUCCUUUUUCAGUGCUUUGUUUGAUGGAGAUUGUUUUAUUAUGAUACAACAUGGUUUCUUCCUGGAAUAUAAAGGAAGCGUGUGUAGGUAGUUGUCUCACCUGUAAAAAGAUCCUGUUGGAUUGUAGAGUGGAUUAGAUUGAAUUUGCUGAUGGUCUAAUUUAAACAAUGGUCUAAAUACAACCGUAUUGGUACAACUCCAUUGACUUCAGGGGACUUGCUCCCGCUAAUGCUGGCACUGAAUUUGGCCAAAUGAGAUCAAACAUGAAAUAAUCAGUUACAAGAGAAAUGCAUCAAAUCAUACAGUCCUUAAUCAGGCAAAACUUCCACUGAAGCCAAUGGGAGUUUAGCCUAAGAACUGCUUGAUUUGGCCUAAUAUCUUUAUUUACUAAAAAUAUGUGGAAUGGACACUUUACAUAGUACAGAGUUUACUAACUGCAAUGGCAGAAUAUUACUGGGGUUACCUUUUCCUUACUGAUUUAAAAAUCAAACCGUGAUAUUCCUAUAAAAAGUAAAUUCUUCAUGUGAAUAAACCUGGCUAUUUAUGCAUAUGUAAUCCACCCACUCUGCAGGUGGUGAAAUAAUUU